UAUAUAGCAUAGUAUAUAACAUUUCCGCCUCUGCUCUGCUGCUGCUUCUUGGACCCAAAUCUCUCUCUUUUUCUUCCUUCCGCCCCAUCUUAACAACAUAAUCUUCCAUUCGCCAUUUUUAAACCUCUCUUGUUUGCUUAAGGGGGGGUUAUAGUGGGAAUGGCUGGGACUGCAAGUGAAGAGUCUGGAGUUGGAAGGUCGUUGGAGGGAAUAUCAAGUGCGCAGCAGCGUUGCCAAUCAAGUGAAGCAUUGGCUGAGUGGCGAUCUUCUGAGCAUGUGGAAAAUGGAUCACCAUCGACUUCACCUCCAUACUGGGAUACUGAUGAUGAGGAUGACUGUGGGCCAAAACCUUCUGACUUGUAUGGGAGGUAUACAUGGAAGAUAGAUAAAUUUUCCCAAAUUAACAAGAGGGAACUACGUAGUAAUGCAUUUGAGGUUGGCGGCUACAAAUGGUAUAUAUUGAUUUACCCUCAAGGAUGUGAUGUCUGCAAUCAUCUUUCCUUGUUUCUUUGUGUUGCCAAUCAUGACAAGCUUCUUCCAGGGUGGAGCCACUUUGCACAAUUUACAAUUGCAGUUGUGAACAAGGAUCCAAAGAAAUCUAAGUAUUCUGAUACAUUACACCGGUUCUGGAAAAAGGAGCACGAUUGGGGUUGGAAAAAAUUCAUGGAGUUGUCAAAAGUUUUGGAUGGGUUCAUUGAUGCUGACACUCUCAUAAUCAAAGCUCAAGUCCAAGUCAUAAGGGAAAGAGCAGACCGUCCCUUUCGUUGCCUUGACUGCCAGUAUAGGAGAGAACUUGUUCGUGUAUAUUUAACAAAUGUAGAGCAGAUUUGCCGUCGCUUUGUUGAAGAAAGAAGAAGCAAGCUCGGGAAACUGAUAGAGGAUAAGGCUAGAUGGUCAAGCUUCCGUGCUUUCUGGCUUGGAAUUGAUUCAAAUGCUAGGCACCGCAUGUCCAGGGAGAAAACUGAAUCGGUUCUGAAAAUUAUUGUGAAACAUUUCUUUAUAGAAAAGGAAGUCACAUCUACUUUAGUUAUGGAUUCCUUGCACAGUGGGCUGAAGGCCCUCCAAGGUCCAUCCAAGAAACCCAAGGGGAAAUAUCUGGCUGAUGAAGAACAACCAGUUCCCAUAGUCCGUAUUGAGAAAGACGUAUUUGUUUUGGUGGAAGAUGUCUUGCUACUACUGGAGAGGGCCGCUAUUGAACCAUUGCCGGCAAAUAAUGAGAAAGGUCCCCAGAACCGAACCAAGGAUGGUAGUUCUGGAGAGGACUUCUCUAAAGAUUCAAUUGAGCGUGAUGAAAGGCGGCUGACGGAACUUGGUCGUAGAACUAUUGAUAUAUUCGUCCUAGCUCAUAUCUUCAGCAGUAAAAUUGAAGUUGCGUACCAGGAGGCUGUUGCUUUGAGGAGACAAGAGGAGCUUAUCCGUGAGGAAGAGGCGGCUUGGUUAGCUGAAACUGAGCAGAAAAUGAGACGUGGUAUACCUGAUAAAGACAAAAAAUCAAAAAAAAAGCAGGGGAAACAGAAGCGAAAUAAUCGCAAAGUUAAGGACAAGGGAAGGUAUGAAAAGCCUGAUCUUACAGUAGAAAAUGAGCUCGAAAGUGGAAGAAGUGAGCUCUUAGCUGAGGAGGCUGAACCUGUUGGCCAAACCCAUGCACUUGAAGAUGUUUCUGAUGUCUCAGAUUCAGUAGAUUGCCCUCCUAAACGACUUCAGGAAGAUUCCAGAGAUAGAGAUUCCAGCAUGGUCAAUUGGGAUACUAACACAUCACAAAUGCAUCUAACCACAGAAGCCAACGGCAGUGGAAUUUCAUUUGUACAAAACGGAGAAAGAAAAAGUUCUGCAUUAAUGGAUGAUAGUUCAUCUACAUGCUCAACUGACUCACUCCCAUCAGUGACAGCAAACGGGCCUUGUAAAGGAACUUCACCUAUAAAACAAAACAGCCUAAAAUCACCGUCAAGAGGAAAAUAUCAGAGGGUUAAAGCAAUUGAAGAAGCCACUGGAUGUGCUGCUGAUACUAACAUCCAGCCACCUGAUACUUCUAACGAGGGCUAUGUCAUUUAUAAAUCAGGAAAAUCCAAGGUAGCUAAACCAGAGAAGGGUAUCUUGAACUCGUUACAACACCAGACAAAGUUGACGGAACAGGUGGCAAAGGUGGGAGUUGCAUCUCUGCAAAGGAAAUCGACUGUUAUAGAGGAAGUUGGUGUGGAAAAACCUAUCAAAGGGAAGACACCAGGAAUCCAGUCCUCCUUGAGGAGUCCGGUGAAGAAUCAGUCAUCUGCCGUUCAGCCAACAGCGCAGUUGAAGACUGCUGCAGUCAUUGCUAGAAAUUUAUCAUCUCCGAGUGCUGAAGAUACUGGUAAGUCGACCAUUGCAGAAAAGUUAUCUGAAACUAUAGCUGUUAAAACGGGGAUGCGGAGGCUUACUGAGAAGCCAGUCUCUCAGCUUGUUCCCAACUCAUCUGAGAAGUCAGCUAUUGUGCAAAUGCAAGCCACAACUGUAAAGCCCGUAUCCCAGCAGGUUUUAGUCAAAAUUGAGAAGCCUACUACAGUGCAGCCAGGCAUCUCGAGGCCUUUAAGUGCACCCGUGAUUCCAGGGCCCGAAAAAAGCUCGCCUGCAGUUACAGUGGCCCAAACAGCACAGUCUCUGUCCCGUUCGGUGAGUGCAGCAGGUCGUUUAGGCCCUGAUCCCUCGCCUGCAACUACUAGUCAUGUACCUCAGUCAUAUCGAAAUGCUAUGAUGGGAAACCAUGCUACUGCUAGUUCAGCAGGUUACACUCCUACUCAGUCACCAAAUUUAGCAGCAAAUUUAUCAAAUUCACAACCGUCCUCUGUGAUAUCUGCACCGAUGUAUUCGCCUGAGAGCUCUGAAAGGAUAGACACAAAGUCGGUUAGGUCAAACCUUUCGUUUGGAAUACAGAGUCAUGAUGUGCUUCAGAAUGGCCCUUCGUGGAUAGAUAGCCGUAGAAGGGACAGCAGGAGGAGCAAUUUCGAUUCUCCAAUACACAAUGGGCCUCGAUGGAUGGAAAACCAUCAAAGGGAUACCAGCAGAAGCAUAAACGGAGACCAUUCUUUACGUAGCGACAUUCAAAACUUUGAUAUGGACAAGUCUUUGCAAAACAGAUCUCAAGAUCAGUCUCCUAUUGGAUUUCCUGUUGGCACAUCAGGCCGUCAAAACCCUGGGGUAUUGGCUGAUGAUUUUCCACAUUUGGACAUCAUAAAUGACUUGCUGGAUGAUGAGAUAAUUAUGGCAGCAAGCACAAGUUCUGGCUUUCAGACUUUUAGCAACAGGCCUCACCAUCAGAACCAGCGGCUUACUUUCCCCGGUGAUAUUGGCCUUUCUAAUGAUUUAGGGACCUCCACAAGCUCCCACAUGUUUGAGCAAACUCAAAGUUACCAUGAUGACGAAUAUCAUUAUAAUUACAGCUCUUCUUCUGGUCAGUUCGACUCAAAUAUGUUUCAUCAGGCUAAUUUACAACCUCACCCAGAUGGACACUCUGAUAGGUUCAUGGCAAAUCAAUGGCAGAUGGAUAAUUCUGAUCUAUCAUAUCUAAGCAUGAGAAGUUCAGAAAAUGAUGGUUUCUCGUAUCACAUUCCAGAGUAUUCAAACAUGGUGAGCGGUGUAAAUGGUUAUACUGUAUUCCGGCCUUCCUAGAUAAACCUAACUGUAGUGGAGCUUGUUACAAAUUAGCAAGCUUAUGGCUCUGGUGUAAUGAAUAUGAAUAAUGUAAUUCAAGGAAGAAGCCUUGUUUGUUUUUUCUUUUAUUAGUUUUGGAGGCAGCCAGAUUGUGACUUUUUUCCGCAUGAAACCAAUUUGUAGAGGAUGAUUUUCAGUUUCCGACCUUUCUUUAGGAAAGGCGGAUUAUAAACACACAGAAUUACCUUGA